AUGGUGUAUGGCAAGAGGUGCCAUCUACCGGUGGAAUUGGAGCACAAGGCCUUCUGGGUAGUGAAUAAAGUGAAUUAUGACUGGGAUAAGGCAGGUCAAGCAAGGAAACUAGAGAUCCAAGAGCUCAAAGAAAUCAGAAGAGAGGCAUACGACAAUGCUGUUCUCUACAAGGAAAGGAUGAAGAAAAGCCACGACGCCUUGAUCACAAACAAGCAAUUCAGCUUUGGGCAAAAGGUUCUCCUGUACCAAACACGGUUCAAAUUUGCGCAAGGCAAGCUGAGUACCAAAUGGACCGGCCCAUUUGAAGUGCAAACCCAAUUCCCGAACGGGGCCGUCGAGAUAAAGAAUCCAAAGUCUGGAGGAGUGUUCAAGGUGAAUGGACAAAGGUUGAAAGCCUAUUAUAGGCAUAAACCCGAUGCUGGGGAAGAACUGGAUCUCAACCCAGCCACAAACAUCCUGGGUUGA